UCACCUCCUUCAAGAUUGCCUAGUAGUUUGUGGAAUGUGAAAUGGAGAAAUGGUGUAAAAGAGGACGACCAUGCCGUCGAGUUUACCUACCUAUUGGAAUAUAGCCGACGGGACAAUAGGCUUUCAACCACAAUGAUUAUCAAGUCAAGAGAACGAGCUUUCAAGGUGAGAACGGAGCAAGAGAUUAAAGAAGUUACCACCAUGCAGGACAAGGAACCUUUUUCAGAUAAUGAAGCUACCACCAUGCAUAACAAGAAACCCUCAUCUGUCCAAAGACUCUCAUGCCCUCAACCUCUAGCCACCUCAAGGGCUUGGGGCAUGGGGGGCAAAUGA